GCAAUAAAUAAUAAAAAUAAAAGAAUAAUAAGUAAUAAUUAUUAUCAAAUCGAAAAGGGAAUAAUAAUAAUAAUAACAGAAGUGUUAAUUUCCAUACAAAAAAAGAAAAAAAGAACAUUGGUUUAUCAAAAAACAAAAAAAAAUAAUAAUAGACAAUUGAUAAUAUAAUAAAAACAAAAACAAAAAUAAUAAAAUGAAUUUUUUUAAAUUUAUGGGUCAAAAUUUGACCUCAAACCAAUCAUUCCCAUACAAUGUGGGCAAUGUUGUAACAGGAUAUGUCGGGAGAUCAGUUUGGACAUUACACCAAGGUACAAAAAAAGAUGAUGGAUCAGCAGUUUCAAUUUUUAAUUUUGAUGUCAAAAAAAACCCAUCAAAACUAGAGGUAGCAAAAAAUGGUUUCAAAAGGGCUAAAACUAUACGUCAUCCAAACUUUAUAAAAUAUUUAGAUGGUAUGGAAAAUGAAUCAAAUAUCUAUAUUGUAACAGAACCUGUACAGCCAUUAGACGAACAAAUUGAAGAUAUAAGAUCAUUCGAAAAUGCAAUUUCUUGGGGUAUCUAUCAAGUUACUAAAGGUUUAGCAUUUUUAAAUAAUGAUUGCAAUUUAACACAUGGCAAUAUUCAAGUUAGCAGUAUUUUUGUAACUAAAAGUGGUGAUUGGAAAAUUGGUGGAUUGGAUUUUGUUUCAGAUGUCAAGGAUAUAGGCAAUAGCAUUUUAAAGAAUCAUCACGAUCUCAUUCCAUCAAAAUAUAAACCACCAGAAAUCACCAAAUCUCAAUGGUCACAAAUUAGCAGCUCUCCACCUAAUAGUAUCGAUUCUUGGAUGCUUGGUUGCUUAAUUUAUGAAUGCUAUAGCGGAUCUUUAACAGCAGCAGAGGAUAUCAGAAACAUUAAUGAGGUCCCAAAAAUACUUCAUGGUGGCUAUCAAAAAUUAUUUUCAGUUAAAACAGAGUCUAGAUUGAACCCAAAUAAAUUAUUAGAAUCUCAAUACUUCCAAAAUGUUUUCGUUGAAACCUGUGUAUUUUUAGAAAAUAUCACAUUAAAAGAUACUUUUGAAAAAGAACAAUUUUUCAAAAAAAUUGAUCAAUAUAUAGAAAAAAUACCAAAAAAUAUUUGUAAAUUUAAAAUUUUACCCCAUUUAGUUACAGCUUUCGAUUUAGGACCAGUUAAUCCAAAAUUAUUAGGUACAUUAUUAAAGAUUGGAUCAAGUUUAUCAACAGAUGAAUAUAAUAAUAAGAUUGUACCAUCUGUAGUAAAAUGGUUUGCUUGUGAUGAUCGUGCACUUAGAAUCAAUCUUUUAGAGAAUUUAGAAUUCUAUAUUCAACAUUUAAAUGAGAAUACAGUUAAUGAACAAAUUUUCCCAAAUGUUGUAAAUGGUUUCAAUGAUAAUCCAACUCUUAAAGAAAUUACAAUCAAAUCUAUGCUUUUAUUCGCUCCAAAACUUUCAGAGAAAACUAUGAUUCAAUUAUUAAAAUAUUUAGCAGCUUUACAAAAAGAUCAACAACCAGGUAUUAGAACAAACACAACCAUUUGUUUAGGAAGAAUCACAGAAUAUAUGAGCGAUCAAACUAGAAAGAGAGUUUUGAUUCCUGCAUUCUCUACUGCUUUAAAGGAUCCAUUUAUACCAUCCCAAAAUGCAGCUAUUCAAGCUUUUAUGUUUACUCAAAACUAUUAUACCAUCGAAGAAAUGGCCGUUAGAAUUAUUCCAGAAUUAACUAGAUGCCUUAUUUCUCCAGAUAAAUCAAUUAGAACCGCCUCUUUCCAAGCUGUCAACUUAUUUUUACAAAAAAUCGAAAAGAAUAUAGAUAAUGUUUAUAGUAGUGGUGGUAACCCUGCUGAAUCCACUGGUUCACAACAAUCUCCAGCACCUUCCCAACAAACCCAAUCUGGUGACUCAAUGUUGGGUUGGGCUGUAGGCAUGACAAAGAAACUAUAUAGUGGUGAGAAUUCUCCCGCCACUACAGGAUCAAUGAAUUCAAAUCCAAACUCAACUCCAACUCCAACUUCAAACUCUACCUCUCCACCUUCCAAUAAUAACAGCAACCAAAAAUCACAAUCAAAUCAAAAUUCAACAAACUCUUCAUUAAACUCAUCCUCUUCAUCAUCAAUCAAUAAACCAUCACCAAAAUCAACCACAUCAUUACAUUCAAAUAAACCAUCAAAAGUUGUUAAUGAUGGAUGGGGCGAUGAUGAUUCAUAUGAUAUUCCAGAACCAACAACUAAAAAACAAACACCUAAAUAUAGCAACGACAACGAUAAUGAUGAUGAUGAAGAAAAUGAUGAUAGUUAUAAAGAAUACAAUAAAUAUAAAGAAGAUUUGCCAAGAUUAUCAACUCCAUCAAAACCUUCUUCAUCAACACCAACUUCAAACAGCGGCAACAAACCAAUGACACUAACCUCAAAGAAACCAACUAAAAUUUCAAACUGGGAUGAAGGUUGGGAUUAA